GCAUCAUUGUGUAGAGACCAAUAGUCUUACUCAUUUACAAUGUGUUUAUAGUGAAAAAAAUUGUAAUUUAGUGUUAUUUAAAAAAUUAUAAACUUUGCAGAAUUUAUAGUAUCUGCAAAAGGAAAUGGUUUUGCAUCAAAGCAUUGUUUUAGUAAAAUAAAGUAAUCGUUUAGCCGUCACUUAAAAUAUAUAUACCUUGCAAAGGGCAACAUGAUAUAUUUUAUAUAAUUAUAACGAUAAUAUAACUACAAUGAGUUCCCGUUAUCCUCUAUACACCGUCGAGGUGGGAGAUACAAAAUUUACUAUUUUGAAUCGGUAUCAAAAUUUGAAGCCUAUUGGUUCAGGUGCUCAAGGAAUAGUGUGUGCCGCUUACGAUACCGUCACAGAACAAAAUGUAGCAAUUAAGAAGUUAUCGCGACCAUUCCAAAAUGUAACACAUGCAAAAAGAGCUUACAGAGAGUUUAAGCUUAUGAAAUUAGUAAAUCAUAAAAAUAUAAUUGGAUUACUUAAUGCAUUUACACCUCAGCGUAAUUUGGAAGAGUUUCAAGAUGUUUAUCUUGUGAUGGAAUUAAUGGACGCAAAUUUAUGUCAAGUAAUCCAAAUGGAUUUAGAUCAUGACAGAAUGUCAUACUUGCUUUAUCAAAUGCUUUGUGGAAUUAAACAUUUACAUUCUGCUGGAAUAAUUCACAGGGAUUUGAAGCCAUCGAAUAUUGUCGUUAAAGCAGAUUGUACUCUCAAAAUACUAGACUUUGGUCUGGCACGUACUGCUGGAACAACUUUUAUGAUGACGCCAUAUGUAGUAACGCGAUACUAUCGUGCUCCUGAAGUUAUUUUAGGAAUGGGGUAUACCGAAAAUGUUGAUAUUUGGUCAGUAGGAUGUAUUAUGGGUGAAAUGAUACGUGGUGGCGUUCUAUUUCCUGGCACCGAUCAUAUUGAUCAGUGGAAUAAGAUUAUAGAACAAUUGGGUACACCAUCCACAUCGUUUAUGCAACGCCUGCAGCCAACAGUACGUAAUUAUGUUGAGAACAGACCACGAUAUUCUGGUUAUUCGUUUGAUAGGCUAUUUCCGGAUGUUUUAUUUCCUAGCGAUAAUAAUGAACAAAGCAGACGAAAAGCUUCUGAAGCAAGAGAUCUUUUAAGCCGUAUGCUUGUUAUAGAUCCAGAGCAACGUAUCUCAGUAGAAGAAGCACUUCUUCAUAGCUAUAUUAACGUUUGGUAUGAUGCUGAAGAAGUUAAUGCGCCUGCACCUGAGCCAUACGAUCAUAGCGUAGACGAAAGAGAACACUCAGUAGAACAAUGGAAAGAACUUAUAUAUAAAGAAGUAAUGGACUACGAAGCACACAAUACAAAUUUACCAAUAAAUAAUGCUCGGUAGAGUGAAAAAAUUUAUUUUUUCAGUGUAACAAAUACCACAUAGUUCAGCUUCUAGCAACUUUUAAUGUAUAUAAAAAUAUAAGAACAAUAAAAGCAUUAAAUAAAAUCUAAGAGAAGUGCAUGUUUAGUUUUAACGUUUCAAAACUAAUUCGGUGCAAAAUAUAAAAAAAU